AUGAUGCGUAGCUCGUCCUGCGAAAAACCCCACAUCAUGAAGAAAAAAAAGUCGGCGCUCCUACUCGGGUCGUGUAGUCUGACUGGAGGUUACGUCGCGGCAUUCUUAGUCGGUUUACUUUCGAUUGAUGUUGCUGCCGCUGCGGGGCCUACAUCUGGGUCUGUGGGGGCCUCAUCCCGCUCUACUUCGUCGUCGUCUUCUCGUAAAGCUCGUCCCUCGUCCCGCCGUCCAAGUCCAUCCCGCGUGCGCUCGACUGGUACCACGGGGACGAGACAAGCCGCACUGGGAGAACGCGGAGAAGGGCCACAACCCGAUCUUGUCUCGCGUCUCGCGACAAGCUUUCUCGGUCACCUGAAAAAAAGUACAGAGAAUUUUGCGCAGUGGGUGAAAGGACCCGGGAUUCUUCACGCCGAUCACGGCAAAGCAUUUGAUUCUUUGGCCCGAGUUACCGACCAAUUUCACGAUCAAGAAUGGGACCUCGGCUUGCUGAUGCCUCUGUAUGACCACAUUGUGAAGAUGAGCCACGAUCAUGGCCCGUUUCGGGCCCUGGAAGUUUCCUACGCUCACGAUCAGGAGCGCCUGCCAUUCCAAACGCCGGCCGCGUCGGGGCUGUGGAGGUGGGUCCGCAACACGUGGGAACGGGCGUCCCAGGAAGGGGGGCGCAUAACGGAGGUACCGCUUUUCACGGCUGAGCAGGGUCAUCAACUGAAGAAAGGUAGCCUGGAGGUCGUGCGGACCACUCACAAACUGCAAGCAGACCCCCGAUUGCUCGACGCCGCACCUAACACUAGAACGAUCCUUCUCGACAACGCAAACCAGUCUGCAUGGGAGAAGUUUGCAACCUCAAAGGAGUCUACGUUUGAUCUGGUCUACCUACGCAACAUAGGUUGUUCCUGCCUGUCAGAUGGCUUCGGUGCCUGUAAAGGUUCGGGGAAAUGCUCAUACAUGUGCGGUUUUGCUCCCGCAAACAUUGACUUCUGCCGCCAUGUGCCGCAACUCGCGGACCAAGAUUCGGAAUGCUUCCGAAAAAUGUUGGAAGCUGUGAUGAAGCUGCUCAAGCCCGGGGGCCACCUCGUCCUGGCUCAAGCUCACAAGGGGGCCAUGGAUGCGCUGAAUGAUCUGCGGGAGGGUAUGUCUUGGAGUCACCAGAAAGAGUCUUUGGAAAAACAGCAAACGGAGAAACUCCAAAUGGAAAAUGAGCAGGUAUAAUCCACUUUCAUUUGGCUGCAGUUCCAGUUUGUAAUGUAUGUCUUUUCUGAAGUUCCCAGUCGGUAGAUGAGAAAAAAUAUAGAUUUUUGGCAGCUUUGCCUUUUCUUGCGAGCAUCGCUAUAUGACGUCCGGCGUGUAAGAACGGGCCCCUAAAACUAUUCUUGUUCUUCAACAUCUAUAGUAAAUUUUGGAUUUGGAACAAGAAUUUUCUCGUCCCGAAUCCAAAAUUUAACAACGCAAUCAAGCAUUCCCAUCUACUCCGUCAACUACUGCAGGCUUUGCGGCCCUUCCGCGAACUGGUUGCGCGCCAAAGCGCAGCGAUCCGGGAAAUCGUGAAGCCGCAUGUCGACAAGGGUGUUUAUAUUCGGGGGAGUAUCACGACCGGCGUUUCCAACCUGCGUAAAGAUAAACUUAGUCCCGGGGAGCUGCUUCCGCAAGUGCUCAUCGCGCAAAAGAAAACUGACCCGACGCUGCAGUCCUCGCCAGCGGUUGCGGAAGGAGCGUGGCAGGAGCGGAUUGUUUCAAACAGUAUUUUUCAGGGGGAGUUAACAGUAUUUUCGGCAUGA